GCGGCGGCGCCGGAAGUCGCCCGUGGGAGCUCGGCUUCCGCUUCCGGCCUGGGCGCUUCCUCUCUCUCUCUCUCUCUUUCCGUUCGGCGAGGCAGGAGGUGCAGCAGGAGGGCCGCGUGGAGGGUGACGCUCAACUGCCAGGAUGCAGAUUUUUGUGAAGACCCUGACGGGCAAAACCAUCACCCUUGAGGUGGAGCCUAGCGACACGAUCGAGAAUGUCAAGGCGAAAAUCCAGGAUAAGGAAGGUAUCCCUCCCGAUCAGCAGCGUCUGAUCUUCGCAGGGAAGCAGCUGGAAGACGGCCGCACACUCUCCGACUACAACAUCCAGAAAGAAUCCACUCUCCACCUUGUUCUUCGUCUCCGCGGUGGGAUCAUCGAGCCCUCUCUUCGCCAGCUGGCCCAGAAAUACAACUGCGACAAGAUGAUUUGCCGCAAGUGUUACGCCCGCCUGCACCCCCGGGCCGUCAACUGCCGCAAGAAAAAGUGCGGCCACACCAACAACCUGCGCCCCAAGAAGAAGGUCAAGUAGACAGAGUACGCGGACGGGGCGUCUCUCUCCCCCCCCCCACUCCCGGUCCCUCCCAAAAUCUGGGUAUCGUGCUACUUUGCCGAAACGUGCUAACACCUGUUCCUUCUGGGCCUUUGUUUCUUGCCCUUUAGAAUAAAGCUUCCAUUGCACCGAG